AUGGCCUCUUUUGGAUAUUUCCUGUUUCUUUGUGGGUUGAGUCAGGCUCUGUCAAGUUACCCAAUCUGGUGGUCCUUGGCAAUCGGUCACCAGUAUUCCUCCCUGGGCACUCAGCCCAUCCUCUGCGGGAGCAUCCCGGGCCUGGUGCCCAAGCAGCUGCGCUUCUGUCGGAACUACGUGGAGAUCAUGCCCAGCGUGGCAGAAGGGGUCAAGAUUGGGAUCCAGGAAUGCCAGCACCAGUUUCGAGGGAGGAGGUGGAACUGCACCACGGUCAACGACAGCUUGGCCAUCUUUGGGCCCGUGCUGGAUAAAGCCACCCGCGAGUCAGCCUUCGUCCACGCCAUCGCCUCCGCCGGCGUCGCCUUCGCCGUCACCAGGUCCUGCGCCGAGGGCUCGGCCACCAUCUGCGGCUGUGACACGCGCCACAAGGGCUCUCCUGGCGAGGGCUGGAAGUGGGGGGGCUGCAGUGAGGACGUGGAAUUUGGCAGCAUGGUGUCCCGGGAGUUCGCGGACGCCCGGGAGAACCGGCCCGACGCUCGCUCGGCCAUGAACCGGCACAACAACGAAGCUGGAAGGACCUCCAUCAUUGAGCUCAUGCACCUCAAGUGCAAGUGCCACGGGCUCUCGGGCAGCUGUGAAGUGAAGACCUGCUGGUGGUCCCAGCCAGACUUCAGGGUCAUCGGCGACUACCUCAAGGACAAGUACGACAGCGCGUCGGAAAUGGUGGUGGAGAAGCACCGCGAAUCCCGCGGCUGGGUGGAGACCCUCCGGCCCAAAUACAACUUCUUCAAGGCCCCCACUGAGAAAGACCUGGUUUACUACGAGAACUCUCCCAACUUUUGCGAGCCCAACCCCGAGACAGGCUCCUUCGGGACCCGCGACAGGAUCUGCAACGUCACCUCACACGGCAUCGACGGCUGCGACCUCCUGUGCUGCGGGCGGGGCCACAACACGAGGACUGAGAAAAGGAAAGAGAAGUGCCACUGUAUCUUCCACUGGUGCUGCUACGUCCGCUGCCAGGAGUGCAUACGAGUCUACGACGUCCACACGUGCAAAUAAAGCAGGCAAAAAACCCUUCGCCGGGCUCCGAGUGGAGAAAUGGAAUUUUUCGAGCCUACUUCCUCUUGAGGUUGCAGACGUGAGAGAAGUCUACUGUUUUGAUAUUAAAAGAAUAAAAACUGGACAAAAAAAUAAAAUAAAAUAAAUAAGUAAAAAGGCUAAAACUGGUUGGAUAGAAUAGGUCUAAUGACUUCUGGGCUAUCCCGAGGUACAUCUGGCAGUCACUCAAGUUCUGCCCCGACGCCGAAUGCCUCCGGCAGGAGAGCAGCUUUUUCCACCAGCUGGAAAGAAGAGCAUUAGCAAAAGCAUGGAUUUGCUCUGCUCUCACCCACCUGAAGUGACUCGUGUGAUUAAGUGUCCUUUGAAAGACUUGCAUCUUCCUAAGCAUCUCCUUUUCCCUCAGCCAGGCAGAGGCUGUGCUGAGCAGCAGCACUGAGCUUUCUGAGAGAUCUCUCUGCAACCCAAAUGGCCAGACUGUGUAAUAUGAGCAGCAA